CUCGCUCCACUCGUGACGUCAGUCGGCAAGCCAGCCAGCCAGCGAGCUCUGAUCCUGGCGCACUCUCCCUCUUUCCUCUCCAUUGUGACCAGCUGAACGAUGCGAUCGUUCGCAGCCAUCGCCGCCGCCCAUUAGAGACCCCCAGCCCGCACACUUCGGCAGACCGACCCCCGAGCGCUUGCCCAGCCCUCUUAGCCCCGGACCGACUGCAGCCUCAUAGUGCUUCUGAUGUGUUAGUUCGCCAGCAAAAAAGAAAGGAAGAAGCGACAGCGACGAAGGAGGUGAAGGGAAAAUAUAAAAAAGGAGAAAGAAGGAGAAGGGGGAUCGCUCGUUUUUUCUGCGCUGCCUGAAUACAUAUCGGGAGAGAGAGAGCCGAGGUCUGUUCGCCAUGGGAUGUACACUGAGUGCUGAGGAGAGAGCCGCCUUGGAAAGGAGCAAGGCAAUCGAGAAAAACCUGAAAGAAGACGGUAUCACGGCGGCAAAGGAUGUAAAAUUACUCCUGUUAGGGGCAGGGGAAUCAGGAAAGAGCACCAUCGUAAAGCAAAUGAAGAUUAUUCAUGAAGAUGGGUUCUCUGGUGAGGAUGUGAAGCAGUACAAGCCUGUGGUCUACAGCAACACAAUUCAGUCUCUGGCAGCUAUCGUUCGUGCCAUGGAUACCCUGGGCAUUGAGUAUGGAGACAAGGAGAGACGAGCCGACGCCAAGAUGGUUUGCGAUGUGGUCAGUCGAAUGGAGGACACAGAGCCCUUCUCUCCUGAGCUGCUUACGGCGAUGAUGAGACUCUGGGCGGAUUCGGGAAUCCAAGAAUGUUUUAACCGAUCCCGUGAAUAUCAACUUAAUGACUCUGCCAAAUACUAUCUAGACAGCUUAGAUCGGAUUGGAGCAGCGGACUACCAGCCAACAGAACAGGACAUCUUGCGGACCAGGGUCAAGACGACUGGGAUUGUAGAAACUCAUUUUACGUUCAAGAAUCUCCACUUCAGGCUGUUUGAUGUGGGAGGUCAAAGGUCAGAACGAAAGAAAUGGAUCCACUGCUUCGAAGAUGUGACAGCAAUUAUUUUCUGCGUGGCAUUAAGUGGCUACGAUCAGGUGCUUCAUGAAGACGAGACCACGAACCGCAUGCAUGAAUCUCUGAAGCUAUUUGACAGUAUCUGUAACAACAAAUGGUUUACUGACACAUCCAUCAUCCUCUUUCUAAACAAAAGGGAUAUAUUUGAAGACAAAAUUCUGAAAUCUCCUCUGACUAUCUGCUUUCCAGAAUACACAGGCCCGAACACUUUCACCGAUGCUGUGGCCUAUAUUCAGUCACAAUAUGAGAGCAAGAACAAGUCUCCCAACAAGGAGAUCUACACCCACAUAACUUGUGCCACCGACACCAAUAACAUCCAGUUUGUCUUUGACGCUGUGACAGAUGUCAUAAUUGCUAACAACCUGAGAGGAUGUGGACUGUAUUAGUGCCAAAACAAAAAAAAAAAAGAGAAAGGCCAGCUGUAAAAGAGGAGCUCAUCCUGGGCCACAGUGCUCUCCCAGUUACAUUUAACAUACUGUAACAAAAUGUUUCUGAUUCUCUGCUGCUUUUUUAUUUUUUAAUACCUUUUCCAACCAUUCAUACAAACUUUUCAGAAAUGUUCUACAAUUAUAACGCUGAUAAUUGACUAAAACAAAAAUAUAGCGUGCUUAUUUAGGAUACACCUUUAAACUGCUGAACAAUUAAUUAUUAAAUAUAUUAAAAAUAGCAACAUGCCCAGCUGGAGAAACAUAACUGCCACUGGAGCAGUUCAUCCAAGAGCUUUGCCAUAAAAACACACCACAGUGAGAGGGAAGAAGGCCAUUUGUGCUUAUCAAAAGAUUUCUGAGUUAUGAAACAGUCAGUUUUUUUUUUUUUAAUAUGAACUUGCAAAACAUAUUCAGCUAAAGAAAACGUAGACAAUUUGUUCAUCUCCAUGACAACAACUGGUUUUGUAAAUAGUGUGAUUUACUUGUUUAUGGUAUUGUGAUGUAUAUUGGAAAGUCUGUGGAAAGACAGGAGUUGGUUUUCUCCUUUGUGAUUAAUGGAUCUGAAAGCCAGUUGAAUGUGACUGUUUCUUUGUGAUCAGUUACUUGUGUCCACCAUAGCUGAUGUAACCAAGGGUGGCCAGCUAUUUUUAAGUACUGGAGAAUCAUUAUUUCAUUGUACAGUAUCCCUUACUGUACUGAGAUACAACUGCCAGGAUGCAGCCAUAGCCGGGAUGUCUCUCUGGAGACGCCCAUAACUUGGUAAAGCUGUAUAACUGUGUAACAGGGAGCAGCAGAGUCAAUCACUCUGACAGCUGUGGUAGUGGGAAGAGGGAGACUAGUGUGGGUACUGUAAUGAUUUGUAAAUCACAUGCCAAAACACUAAAAGAGAAAUAAAUCUUUGAAUUUCUAAGAAUUGUACCAGGGAAUGAAAAAGAACCAUUAAGGCAAUCACUAGGGAAAGCCUAAAUUAUUGAGUAACAAAAUAGAAAUGAUACAUGAGUACAUAGUUAAAACAAAAAGGAUCAGCAACCAAAAAACUGAACAUUAACUUAGGUUUCACUUCCCUAACUCCCAUCAUAACAAAGUUUGUUUUUAUUUGGAAAGAUCCAACAUAAAUAUAACAGAAGGUGUGUGCCACCAUCUUUUACAGGCGGAGCAAGAUGACACACACCAAUACAUGUCCUCCACACAACAUAGUUUGUAAUAAUCUAGCUAUAGCCAUAAAAAUUGACGACUGCAGCAACCAUCUAUAAACAUAAUACAAAAUAGUAUCAAUGAAACAUCACUGCCAAAACAAACAAAAAAAUGUACAAAAUGGAUAGCUAAAAUGACAAAAAUAAAGUGAAAAUGUACUAGGUAAGCCCCAGCACAAAUUCCUGACACAUACAGUACCACCAUCCUUGAGGUCACACUGGUUGCUAGAAUCCAGUGGUGCGUGUUGUGGGCCGCAUGUAAUGUUGACUGCUCUUCACAGACAUGCAGGUCCCUGUGCUGAAGACUGGCUUUCUCUCUGCCCAUUGAUAUGUUGCUUCAUAGAAUUUGCAGAGCCAGCUCUUUGUCCACUGCCAGUGGUGGAUGGCUCCAGGCUCCUUACCGAAUCAAAAUGACUCUGGUCUUGAUUGUGUAACUCUGCUGGUUGUUGGGUUAGCUAUUUCACCUCAUCUUAAAAAUUUAAGAAUGAAACUGUCAGCACUGCUUGUGAGUUUGUGUUGCAUUUUAUUAGCCCGUGGUCUGUGACUGAGAAUGCUGGUAAAGUUGUGAGCCUUUUCACUUUCAGGUGAAGAUGAUGUGUGCCCUGACAGUGACAAAUUGAUGGCCUUAAUGGCUGCCUCGAAUAUAGAUCUGCUUGUGCCAAGACAUGGUCUGUUGCAUCUGGGAAUGACAGAUGUAAUACUGGAAAAGGUCAAAUACAAGAACCACUGAUUAAUACAGAAAAAGGUGCCAAAUCAGUCAAUAGUAUUAAGGAACUUGUUGGACAGCAAGCUUCAUCAAGUUAAAAACUCCCGAGUGCAAAUAUUCACCUGAACAAGGUUGACAGGCCAGGCUUUUAGCCUGCUUCUCCUUAGUUUUCUUUUUAAUUUUAGGGUUACUUUGUUUUGAAAUGAAAACUUGUUUUGUAAAACUUGAUAAGAAACGCACAAAGCUGGUUGUACACACUGUAUGGUAAUUCCUUCCUACGUGGCAUGGUGCCUACAUGGUCUUUGGUCUCUCGAUUUCUACACAGGUUGUUGUGACUUAUGUGCUAGAUAUCAUUUUCCUCCUGUAAUGUUUCGCUGGAUGACCUGUUUACCUUCCACAUUUUAAUGAUAUGCUGUGUGGUUGAUAGGUUACUGUAAAACAACAUCUGGCAUGUAUUUGUGUGGCUCAUUGUGGCUGAGAUAAACUGAAAAUGAUUGAAAAGCAUUAAUAAAAAUAAACAUGGGCAGAAGUAUCCCAUACUAACAGUAUGUGUAAUUCCUAAACAUUGUCCUAUAAUGCAUGGUUUCCAAAAAUGUUAUUUACUUUUACAUUGAUUAAGCUAGAAGACUUUCUGUGAUGGGAGAAAUUGGGCUCUCUUCUCAAACUGUGAAAUGUAGCACGAAUUAAUGUCAUCAAUACUGAUAAUGAUAUUUAUUUAGUUCUGGUUGAUUUACUAGGUAUAUGACAGGUAGACCUCUGAAAUGUAUGAUAAUUGUUGAAUUUUGCUCAGGCUGUCUGAUGUUAAGAGGUAGUUACUGCUGUUGAAUUUUUGCAGAAAGCAGGUUUGUUUUUACUGAUCUGUUACUAUGAGUUUACUAUAUCAAGUGUCCUACCUGCUCAUUUUUAGUUUUUAACGCACUUAUUCCACCCCUCUUCCAAUUUGGUUCUGUUCAUGCAAUUACUAUGGAAACCUUGCAGAUCAGAAAUCUUACUCACUGGCACACCUAAUUCUCCCCUGUGACAAGUUGUAGAUCACCUAUGAUCCCAAUCUGUCUGCUUCUUCAUAAUCUUGUGACCUCAGUAAAUGUAAUUUAAACCAAUGUUAAAUAUAACUCUAUAUUUUCAAUCCCAAUUUUGAAUCCUGGUCUGGUUUCAACCAUGCAAGUGGCAUCUUUCAAUUCCCAUUCAAUACAGGAACAGAUCUGUAUUGAUCCUCCUAGGCAAAUAUUCUAAUGAUCCAAAGGGGGGAACUGCAGUGUUAUAGCAACCACCGCCAAAAAAAACACUACAGAAUAUAUUCUUAGUGGAACUGAUAGAAAGAACUCACAUAUUUAAAUGGUAAAAAAAUUCUUUACCCAGAGGUUAAAUGUUGUAACAAUUAUAGUAAAAGAGACCUUAAGUAGCAUUUGAUGGUAACACUGCAGUAGAAGCAAUCUUGUACUAAUUGUGCUCCAUAGGUUGAUCAUAAUGUUGGUGUGAGACAUUGUUCAUGGUGCCAAUAUCUAAGCCAGUCUCAUCCUUUUUGAUUCUGUCUCCAGUGUCCACACUUUUGCCCGAAACUCAACCUGCUAUUGCCCCAAAAUAACCCAUUUGGAACUACAAAUUGAUAGAGCAUUUGAAGAAAUGUUCCAUCCAUCCUGGAUACCUGAGGAAAUAUAGUCACCUCUGGCCAUUGUGUAUAAUGCUUCAGUGUUUGCAACCCAAUCUAGAGUUGUGCCCAAGUGCACCCUCAAGUAUUUAUAUGCCUGAACCACCUUAAUCUAGCAGAGCUAGAUGUGUAAUACAUACAUCUGGAGACCACCAUGAAUGAAAUGUGGCCAGGGACAGUUUUAAUGGUUCAGUGAGUGUCACAUUUCUAAACCAAUCCAACACCUCAUGAUGGCAGAGCUCAGAGUAGGGUCAGUGAUUUAAACAGCAAAGAGUAGUGGUGCUGUUGUUAACGUCACUUGACCAACAGCAAGCCUGUGGUUUCAAUGGAUACAUCAUUUGUGGCUCCAAAGUCUCUUAAAAAAGACCACUGCUAAACAAAUAAAUAUGUGUUGUGAGUGAGAAGAACAAAUUACACGUGUAAAAAUAUAAACAUAACCUGCUGCAAGGGAAAAAUAAUUCUGUAAAAGCAGAUUAGUUUGGCUUUCAAAGAAAUCACUGGGCUAGUGGUAGACAUGAACGGUGCAUUGCUGUUGGCCGUAUAAGAUGUCAGUCACUUACAGUGUGAGGUUAAAAGAACAGGCAGCUACAUUCAUGGAAAGACGCAGUGUAAAAUAAUGCAUUCCAACAAAAAGAACUUCCCUUAGGCGAGACUGAGCACAGCUACAGGAGAUGCAGAAUUCACUCCUCAAUACACCCAAAACAGUUAAUGUGCCUAACGGACCUGACACCCCCCCAAAUGAAUGAAGGACGGGGCUCUGAUGGCAUGUCUAAACGAAUAACUAAAGUUAAUAUUACUGUUAAACGUGUCAUAUCUACGUAUUGCCGUAGCGUUUUAACUCAAAUGUAAUCCCACAAUGCUUUACUAAACACUAUUUGCUGUUUUUAUUUCAUGUAGUGAGGUAAUUGCCAAAGUGACAGCUAAAUUAUUAAGCAAGCUUCACUUAACCCAUGCUACUGAGCUUUUGAAUUAAUAACUGCAAUUUUAGUUCAUUGUGUGAUUUACAGCAAGUCAUCUAAUUAGGGUCUGCUCCAAUUGCAAAAUUUACAUUUAUUUGGCUAACACCUUCAUACAAGGUGACUUACAACAUUUGAGAUACAAUUAGUAGGCAGGGGUGGUAACUUGCUCAUGGGCACACAGUGUCAGUAGAAGGAUUUGAACCUGAACGUUUCAAUUCCAAAGCCUUAACCACACUGCCUGCUGAAAUAAUAUAAAGCUUUGUAAAAAUGCUAUGUAUCUUAAAAUGCCUUCUUUAUACUUGCAAAGGAUCUUGGGAUAGAAAAAGAACUGUAAAAGAUACAGUUUAGGUUGAGAGGGAAGCCAAUUGGUUAGAAGUUAGUGCUGCAAAUUGACAUCUAUGUGUUUUCUCCACAUACCUCAGUUGUGUGUGUAUAUUCAUUAGUUGACUUUAAAUUGUCCGGGUGUGAACGAGUGUGCCAAUGUGCAGCGCAAUGGAAAACAGAAAAUGGGCGCAGGCAUGAAAGAUUACAUGCAGAGGAACUGUGACACUUCUUAGGCCGGAAAGAUUUAAACAAACAUAAGUAAGGAAUGGGACAUAUUUAUCAAACAGAAUUUACCACUACUGUAUUAAGCAUAUUACAAAAUUUUAUUUUUCAAUUAAUUUCAAGAAUAUUUUCUGCAAAGUUUAUACACUAUUUUAUAAGCUUGCCUAUUCCCAAUGCUCUGUUAAACACCACUGAAUGCAAAGUUCAGUCUUGUUGAUGGUUGCAGUUGAACAGUUUUGCCAAAGUGUGGAGCUUGGACACUGAGAAGUACACUGUGCGGAAAUUCAAAAGACCCAAACACUGGCUGCUGUUCCUAUGAACAGUAGGCUUACCUGGUGCAUACGUUUGUCCAUUUGUUCUCCAUUGCCAAACGCCAUUAUACCCAAAGUAUACUUUCGUCCAGUCACUUAUUAUGACUCAAGCAAGAGUGCUGACAGUUUUCUUUUCUUCUUUAGGUAACACUCGUCCCCGCUGUAACACCACCAUACAAGGUGAAGACCAAGGUGUCAGGGCUCAUAUUCUAAUUUAAACACGCAGCUAGUGGUCACUAAAACAAGACUGGGAUAUGGGACUUGAAAGUCUGCUGCUUUUCCCUACUUGCAGAAUACAAUUUAAAACAAUCUGCUUCCUUGGCUGAAUGAAGUGAAUCACUCAAGACCACCAAACACACGCCAGGAGGUGCAUCCUUGCAGAAUAUAUGUUUAGUGAGAGAUUUUCUUGGUCUUUUUUGGUUUUUUUUAUAAAUUGUAACAAAAUGGGAGGUGAAGACAGCCAUUCAAAGUGCAAGUUCUGAAGAAAAUGAUGGAAACUCUAACAAAAGGAUGAAAUGUGCCAAAAUUCCCAGUGAGGCCUGACUUAAGUUGGCACCACUUCUCCUGCUGAACAACAAACUGCCGACUCCCCCAAACAGACCCAACUCUGCUCUCCAUACUUUACGUCUGUGCUUACAGGCUGAAGACAUUGUUACUUUACACAAGUUCAUAUAUACAUACAUUCAUAUACAGUACGUGUGUGUGUAUAUAUGCAGUAUAUUGUAUUUUUGUAUUCAAGUGGCUAUCCAUUUUAUAAUAAAUCCUUAGAUGCUGUAAUUAUUUAUUGAUUUGUGGUAAUGUAUUUAUUAGAAAGAUAUUUAAUAAAGUCCCAGGCUCCUUUCCAGUGUG